AAAUUUUACGAACGCACAUUUGUUUAUUUAUCUGUUGAUAAAUGUUAUCUCAAAGUUGUGAUAACAACAGUCAUCGCGAAUUUGACGCAACAAAUUCUUUUUCCAUGGCUGUGAUUUAUUCGUGUCCCGCUCAUAAACAGUUAUUAUGCUCAUGGGAGGGUUAUGCAAGCGAUAUAAAACACCAUUUCGAAAAGGAACAUUGCAAUCUCUUAUCUUAUACCAACUUUGUCGAUAUUGAUCUCGAACAACUGCCACAGAAUAAGUUGCUGUUUCUCGAUGGUAAAAUAUACUUGAUGCAAAAUAGUUUAAACGAUAAGGGACUUGUAAUAAGGUUGCGAUAUCUUGGCUCCAAGGAAGUGGCUUCAAAACUGCGAUUUAACAUCACAGUCAGUGUUAAUCAAAUUUUGUACAAGUAUGAGCCUUCGAGAUAUUUUUCCUGCAUCGUUCCUAGAACAGGAGGAUGGGAGAUAAACCUACAAAGUCUCCAAACAUUCCAUCAAGACUUGAAACUAAUCCAGUGCUGCGUGCUUAUUGAGGAAAACCAGCGCCUGGAACGAAAAUUUUCGGACGUUUCCUUGAAAAUCAACAACAAAUUUAUCGAGAAAAAUGCAAUUGAUGAGACUGAAGCGAAUUAUCUGGAUGCCAUCAAUCGCAUUGAGAAUCGACUGAGCUUUUUGAAGUCAAAUCGAAACAGUGAUGAUUUCAUGGACAAGAUCAGCCAGUUGAAUUUUUCAAUUUUGGAAGAACCAUUCCAGGAAAAGGAAGAUUUCAAGAGCGAUUAUUCGGAAUCGCUCCCCAACAUUCCAGAAGAAAUCAACCUGACUUGUUCUUCGUGUGCGCUCGAUAUGUUACCGCCGAUUUAUUUGUGUAAAAAGGGCCAUAACGUGUGCAGUUGGUGCAAAGCCAGUCCUUGCAAAAUCUGCUCUGAGGCCGUCACCAUUGAGCGGAACCGCGAUUUGGAAAAUAUCAGUCGGACGCAUUUGCAUCAAUGUCGAUAUUUUUCGGACGGUUGUAACGAAAGAUUGCUGUACAAUGAAGUGCGAGUUCAUGAAGCCAAAUGCAACUUUUGCAAAUACAAAUGUUCCAUUUGUCCGUAUCUGGGACGAUUCGAUCAUUUCUACAACCAUUUGAAAGUCGUUCAUAGCAGUAUUAAAGUCGUGCAAACGACUCGAUGCAGUUUUCCCAAAAAUACAAACAUGUUUCUUGUGAAUAAAUCGAUCGGCAUAUUUUACUGCCAGUCGGAAACAGAUGAUAAUUGUUUGAUUUGGAGAGCUACUUUCUGCGGACCGAAGGAAAGACAAUUCUUUUGUGAAAUUACUUUCAAAGGAAGCAAAUAUAAGGAGGCGAUUUUUUUGAAACGGCGAGAGAAUGUCUACGAAAUUAAGAAAUCGAUUGAUGAGCUAAAGAAAAUGAAAGCCAAAGAGAAAUAUGCGGCACUUAGUGUUACGACCUAUGAGUAAUCAUUUAUUGUGCAAAAUCGGCGAAAUAAAUAAAAACUUCAACACUUGAA